CUCAAUCAACAUCAUCCCCUUCUCGUUCGCCUAACCUAUGAAUAUGCUCUUACCGAUGAAUCAAAAGAUAAUUUCCUGAGAACCUUUUUCAGAUCCAUGGGCCUUUCGAUGGAUGGAGAGGACAUAGGUUUUGGCGAUAAAGACUUUGAGGAGGAGCUCCGCUCUUCUCUGCUCAGAUUUGCGGAUUAUCUCUUAGAUAAUUUCUUCUUACCUCUAAAGGCAUCCGCUAAAAAGACGCCCCAGCCAUCUCCUGCUUAUCAUUCAGCCGUCGAGAAGGCACAGGGAGGGCCGCAGCAAUUCCCAGGGACACCAGAUCGGGUGUCAAGUCUUCGUGGUGCCUGUCUUAUUCGUGAUCGUCAUCGUUGUGUGAUAUCUCGUAUGUUUGAUCAGCAAGAAGCCGUUCAGCGCUUCGAGAGAAGCGGGAAUGCUGCCAGCGAUGAUGAUGGAAAUUUACUCAAAUUAGACGCGGGAUUCCAAAGGCUGGAAGUUGCCCACAUCCUUCCACAUUCCCUAACAAAAGUGGACUCGAGUUCUCAGUUGAGUGCUUCCAAACAAGCGGCGCUUGCCAUCUUUAAUAUGUUUGACAGCGGUGUUGGACACCUGAUUGAAGGCACCGAUAUCGACUAGCUACGCAACGCCCUUACUCUUACAUCCGAUCUUCAUGACUUCUUUGGAAGUUUUCAGAUAUACUUCGAACCUACGGAACAGCCCCAUACCUACCGAGUCGAUUCCUUUUUGCCGCCUUGGCUACUACGAGGUCUCCUUCCCGUGACUCGAACACUCUAUCUUACGCCUACUAGGACGAUUGACCCUCCUUCGUCGCGGCUUUUAGCAAUUCAUCGAGCGAAUAGCCGGCAGUGCUUGCUAGUUGUAGAUGAUGAUAUAACGAUGAAAGGUUCGAAGGUACUAGGUAAUUAUUUUACUCGGUCACAGUUUCUAAAGAAAAUGGUGUACAAGAAUAUAGCAUUGACAACGAAAGCUAUCUCUGAUACUCAAUAAUAAUAAAUAUUCAAGAGUAUAUUCAUACUAAA